CUCCCACAAGCUCCUCCAUAUAAACCAACCCCAAACCCCCAAGAAAACAAACCCAAACCUGUAACAGAGAAAGAAAGAGAGAUGUCAGUACUCAACAUGAGAUCCUCCGUCGUUGCAGCUGCCAUUGUGGCGAUCUUUCUUCUCUCCGCGCACCGGACGCAGGCUGAAGUCUGCAACGGGGACCUGACAAAGCUCGGAGAAGUCUGCCAGCAGUUUGUUUUGAAGCCUGGUCCUCAAAAGGAUCCAUCUCCUGAGUGUUGCCAAGUUAUUCAGAGUGCUGAUGUUCCUUGUUGCUGUGCUAAUAUCCCUAAAGGAUUAGAGGAUAUUAUUAGUAUGGAGAAGGUGGUCUAUGUUGCUAAGUUCUGCGGCAAGCCAUUGAAGGGUGGAUCAAAAUGUGGAAGUUACACAGUUCCACCAAUGGCUUGAUCUACUUAAGAGAUCGAGAGAGAAGGGAGGAGUGAAAUCAUCUAAAAAUGGAUGGAAAAAUAAGAAGAAUGUACUAGUUGGAAGGAAAUUUUGAAUGAAUAAUAAAUAAUUUGUAGUCACUGCUCCGUUGCUAA